UGACGACAAAACACCCUAACUGAAUUCCCAACCUUUUCGUAUAUUUUCAUAAAUAAAACCAAAAAAAAAGAAAAAAAAAAUCAGAAAGGAUUUUGCAUAUUAACCGCCAAACCAAAACGCAGACAAAGGGAUGAAUAUAGAACGGGGAAAAAGCGGUGAAAAUAGAGCUAUUGCUAAAAAAGUUAAACGAAGGAAAAGGGGGAAAAAGAAGCGCGUCCGGAAAGCCACAGCGAGUAAUGAAAUGGCGGAGAACCACCACCACGACGGAGGCGACGAUACUCAGAUAACGGCGGCGGAGGAAGUUGAGGUACUCAUGACGACGGAGGAGAAGCUUCCGGCAGUUCUUAAUUCAGACGCAGGGGAGGAGGUUCAGGCGUCGGCCGGAAAUGAAAAUGAGUCCUCCAAAACUAAAACCAGAGAAGAAGGCGAACUCUCUUCUUCCGAAGACAACGAAAUUGAUGCUACUGUUUCCACAUCUCAAUAUGCUUCUGGUGGUGAUACUGCUGUGAUGGAGUCGGUUCAAGCUUCUCCCAUAAAUGAAACCAUUCAGGAUAACCAGGCGGAACAGUGUGACCCUGUCAAGUCUGCCCCCGUGGUUGGUGUAGCUUCUGGAGCUGCCCAACAUGAAGUAAAUGUGAAGAUCUCUGAGAAGAAUCGAGAGCCAUUUGUUCCUUUUGUUAUAAGGUUUUCAGACGACGAGACCGGCAGUGAUUCUGAUGAUAGUAAACAUACUAAUAACAAAACUGAAGUCGACAAGGAGGGCACAGAUAGAAAUGUUACGCAACCGGUGCCUCCUAAACUAGGAUCAAAGAAGUUGCAACAAAACAUGACCAAGAAUGCGAGACCGAUUCGCAAAGAAGUGCCUUAUAGUCGUCCGCCUGUUUCUAAAUUGACAAAGAAUAAUGGAUCGAUUCAAUGGAAGAACUCUCAAAAGUCUAGCUUUAGAAAUAUCAGUAACAUUCGAGGUCAAGCAGUCCAGAAUCACAUACCUGCGCGGAAAACAACUUUGAAUCCUGAUUCAACUAUACAAGAGCUGCAAGAUCUAAGAGACUUAAUUGCCCAGCGAGAAAAUGAGAUUAAGCUCAAGGCAAGCCAGCAAACCAAAAAUUCAGUUGGAUGUUCAAAUGGGAAUGGUAAACUUGGGAGCCCUGACAACCAUGUGGAUAGAGUGCGCAAGGCCACUGUUUAUGAUUUACGAAGUGAGUUGGAUGAAUCAAGCAAUAAGCGUCUUAAAACUGGAGAAUUUCAGUCUAGAGAACUAGCUUCAGACGAGGACAAUAAUCUUCACUGUCUGCAGCCUGUUAAUGCAUCUGGAAAUCUAAUGGAGAAGCGGGGCACUGUAUCAGCAAAUUCUUAUGGCGCUAAAGGGGGUAAUUAUUUAGACUUCCCCCCUAUACUUGUAUAUAAAUGAGGGAGAAGAAGUGUAAGUAGGCUGACAAGUAGGUUAGCAUUCUACUUGGAUGUCUGUUGAUUCUUGGGUUAUGGCCUUGCAGGUAAAUCUGUUCUCGCCAAUAGUAAUCAGGGAGCUAUGACUGGUAAAGGAGUCGACCCUGUUUCUUUGGUUAGACAUACCGGGAGAACAGAGAUGGGGCCUGCUGGAGAUUUUUCAGUGAAACCAGUGAGUAGCACAUUCUGGUCUCUUCUUUCUGUUGCUUCCUUUGUUUUAGCUUUUAUAAUUGCACUGAUUUAUGUAGCCCGUUCUGGAUGUAAAAUGCUAAUAAAUCCAAUAUGUAGAAUAGAUUUCUACUCGUUAUUUCUGUAAGAAGAGCUGGUUAGCUUAAUUGAGAAAUUAGGAGUCUUGAUGCUAUACAAUUUUCUUUGGUCUACGGGAGUAGUACCCAGAUUUUUCUUCGUGAAUGUUGCUCCUUUAUUUGUGACUACAGAGCAGAAAAUUUGCACUCUAUAAUGUAUUAUCUGUGGAAUUUUCUUUGUAAGUGUGGGUUUGUGUGUUAUGAAAUCAUAGAUAUUGGCUUCUUUUCUGUCAAUAAUUUCUUAAAAUAACUUGGAGUUUUGCACCAAAUAUCAGAGUCGAGGGCUACCGAUGUCGGACUGGGAUUUGGUUACAUCUAGUUCUAACUUACAAGAAAGAAACAUUAGCAAUACAGAUUGCAACAUGGUAAAGGAACUAAGGACAAAUGCUAGAGCUCAGGAAUCUCCUCCAAAUUUGCUCAGUGAUAACCAGCAGGAGGCGCAACUCGGUAAUCCAAGUUUCUUCAAUGAUUUGAAAAAAGUGAACUUGAUGGCUAAUAAUGUCACUGAUUCACGGUCACUACUGGACUUUGAGGAGUUGCUAGAUAAGGAGAUAGAGGAAGCGCAAGAGCAUCGGCGCAAAUGUGAAGUGGAAGAAAAAAGUGCUCUUAUGGCUUAUCGGAAGGCUCAGAGAGUCUUAAUUGAAGCUCAUGCAAGAUGCUCUCAACUCUACAGCAAAAGAGAAUUAUAUUCUGCACAGCUUCGAUCUUUUAUGAUGGAGAACCCAAAUUUAUUUUUCUCCCAAAUAUAUCAUGACCAUGUGGAAGCUGGAUUUAAAUCCUUAAGUAACGUUUCUGAUGAUAACGUGCCGCCAAUACCACCAACUCGCCAUCAAGUUUUGUCUGCUGAUAUUAACAACAAAUUUGGUUACGAGGCUAAUGUAUCUCCUGAGAAUAAUGAAGUACAGAAGGUGUUGAAUUUGCAUGUAAGUGAACAAAACUUGGUUUCUGAUCCUCACCAUGAACCUGAUGGAAGUCCAUCAAAGGUCUGUAAGCAACCUUUAGCAGAUGAUGGUGCCUGCUCUUCUUUUGGUGAUUUAAGUCACUCAUCUACUGAGGAUGGUGAGAUAAUUGAAUCAAAUCACAAGUCUGCUCAUGAACAUUUAGUCUCUGAAGGAGUAUCAGAAAUUGAUGCGGCAAGAGAAAAAGAUAUAUAUGAAGAGUCUGAAAGAGAAGGUCAAGAUUGUUUGCUGCUUGAAGCCUCUUUACGAGCACAACUUUUUGAAAAGCUGAAGGCAAAAAGAUUCUCAAAAAAGGGUUCAAGUGCUGAUCAGUUUGUGGAAAAAGAAGACGAAAAUUAUAAUGUGGGAGAGAUGAUGGAGACUGAUGCUGACAUGAGACAGCCGUGUGAACCAGAGAAUGAUGAAAAACAGCUGGCAGAAGAACUAGAUGAUAGCCGGGAAGAAAGGUUUGCUGAAUUGCCCAACCAGAUGAUCUUCCCGUUAGAUAGUUCAAAUACUGAGCAUGAUUCGUCUACUGAGGUUCCUUUACAUGGGCACAUUUCCUUAGAUGUUGAAGAAAGUACUUCUGGUACCUUCUUUUUCCCCGCAGUAAAGAAUACAUUCAACCAUCUGAAGAUCAUUGAACGACAUGAUGUACCACAGUCUGCGUGGACAAGUCCAGGUGUACUUAUCUCCACCAGUGAUGAGAAAAUUGAGGAUGGUGGUUUCCAUAACAGAAACAAGUUGGGUGUAUGGAGUUUUGAUAUAAUGGAUUUUUCUGUUGGACAAAGUGGGUCUUUUUCCCCAGAUGCUGUUAUUGAUCCAGUCUGGGCAUUGUGUAUGUAUGAACUCCGAGGAAAAUGCAAUAAUGAUGAAUGUUCUUGGCAGCAUCUCAGAGACUACUGCGCCAGUUCGAAGCUUGAAGCCAGUGAUAAUUCUGAUACUCAGUUCAGAAAGCAGUCGGGAAAGGAAAAUUUAUCUAGUACUGCACGGCCUAAGAAGUCUCUGGAUGAUCCUCUUUUAGCUCCUCCUACUUAUUUUGUUGGCUUAGACAUUUUGAGACUUGAUUCACAUCUUGGUACAUCUGCCUCACCUCAAGGUUAUGGACAAUGCUGGCAGAAGAAUUUCAGUGCUUUCCUGGUUCUUUCUAGUCUGUGUCCAACAGUAUUGCAAUCAAAUGAGCCAUUUUUGCAUGGUACCGAGUCUCGAAUUGAGGUGCAGAGCAGUUGGGAUAGGCAGUUGAGUUAUUUUCAGAACAAAAUUGGGACUCCGAGAAAACAUGAUACUUCUGGUGUGGAGCAAUCACUGGAAAUGGCCCUCCAUAAUUUGAAGGAUGAAGCUGAUAAGCAUAAAUCCAUGGUGGAGGCUGUUGUACUUCUGGCACGAGCUAUUGAAGAUGAUCCAACUUCUACGGUUCUGUGGAUACCUUACUUACUGAUUUUCUAUAGUAAUCAAAAGUCAAAGAUGAAGGAUGAUCUGUUCCAAUAUGCGGUUAAAUACAACGAAGAAUCUUAUGAACUCUGGCUCUUAUACAUUAAUAGUAGGGUACAUCUGGAAGACCGGUUAGCUGCGUUUGAAUCUGCACUCUCAGCUCUUUGUUAUCAUGCAUCUAAGUCUGAUGAUAUCUUGCAUGCGAGUCAAUGCAUCUUGGAUAUAUUUCUGCAAAUGAUAGAUUGCUUGUGCAUGUCGGGAAAUGUUGGUAAGGCAAUUGCGCAAAUCUCUGAACUUUUUUCGUCCACAAAGAAAACCGAAGAUCACUCUCAACCUUCACUUCUUAAUAUUGUUACUUGCCUGACCAUUUGUGAUAAAUUCGUCUUCUGGAUCAGUUGCGUGUAUUUACUUGUAUACAAGAAAUUGCCUGAUCUUGUGGUGCACAGAUUUGAAUGUUGGAAAGAAUCUUCUGCCAUAGACUGGCCCUCAGCUUGUUUAAGAUAUGAUGAGAAGCAGCAAGCAACGUCACUGUUGGAAACAGCAGUGGAUUCACUAGAACCUUAUGUGAACCAUGAAUCACUUGGAGACGAAAAAAACCUGAGGGCAGCACACCUCUUUGCUGUCAACCAUGUUAAGUGUAUCUCAGUCCUUGAGGGUCUUGAAUGCGGUAGAAAUUUACUUGGAAAAUACAUCAAGUCGUAUCCAUCAUGUUUAGAACUAGUUUUGAUGUCAGCUAGAGCAGAAUAUGAGUUGGCGAAUUCUAGUUUUCAUGGAUUUGAAGAAGCUCUUAGAACCUGGCCGGAUAAAGGUGGGGUUCAAGGUAUCUGGAAUCAAUAUGCUGCAUUUGCUCUUCAGAAGGGAAAACUUGAUUUUGUGAAGGAACUAAUGGAUCGAUGGUCAGGUUCUGUGUUAGAGGCACAGAAUUCUGAAAAGGUAGUUUUGAGCACUAAUGAACCGAGUCUGCAAUCUGCUUCAGCAGCAGAUCUCCAUGCUUGGUUUUCCACUUUUGGCCCGGUUGACACAGUGUUUGGAAUGCUGAAUUUUUCACUAUAUAAACUAUUGAAAAAUGAUCACACGGAAGCCCACGUUGCAUCAGAGCUGGCUUUCAAAGCAGCCACUGUUGAUAAUUAUCAGCUUUGUCUUAAGGAAUUUGUUCCGUUUUGGCUUAGAGAUUGUAUCCAACAUGAAGGUGGUGUUUAUCUGAAGAGCAUAACGAAAAUUUUGCAUGUUCAUCUAGUUGACAACAGGGCUCUGCUUCUCUCCGAGCCGCUGUCUCUAGCUUUUGUUAAAAAGUUGAAGAAGCCAAGGGUUCAACAACUUGUCAGCAAGUUAUUUGCUCCAGUUUCAGCAGACUUUUCUUUGACGUUCAUGAUUCUUGAAGUUUGGGAUGGACUUUCCAUGUUACCGAAUGUUUUAGGCAAAACAAAAGAUUUUGUGGAUUUUGUGGAAGCCAUGAUGGAGAUACUGCCUUCUAACUAUCAACUGGCAGUCAUGGUCUGUAAAGAGUUGUGUAAGACCGCCAAAUCUACCAACAUCUCCGCUGGUCUACAUUUCUGGGCAGGGUCUCUCUUGGUAAAUGCAUUUUAUCAUGCUGUUCCUGUAGCUCCAGAAUUUGCAUGGGUUGAAGCGGCAGAAGUCUUGCAUGCUCUGACAGAUUCUCGGAGCAUUAAGGAAAGUUUCCUCAAGAAAGCUCUGACGGUGUACCCAUUUUCGGUCAAGUUGUGGAAAUCCUGCCUGCAUUUGUCAGAGAACGAAGGAGAUAGGGAAUUGGUCAAGGAAGCAGCUAAGGAGAAAGGAGUUGAGUUUUGA